AUGAAUCAAUCUGGAUACCAUCAGUUGUCCCAACACGAUCGAUUGACUAAAAGGAUGGAUUACGAACAAAAGAACCUGGAUCAUUUGCAAAAUGAACAGCGCAACAAUACUAUUUUACAGGAAUAUCAACGCUCACUGAAUAUUACCAUCACAUAUACCUUACAGGCUACGGAUCUAGUAGUUCAAAUCGAGGCAAUAAUGGAUACAGAUCAGCCCGACAGUUUACAGACAUAUGUGAAUCUUACCACGCAUCCAUACUUUAAUCUCGACGGGAUGGUAAACCCAACUGUACUGGAUCACACAAUUGACAUGGCUGGCGUAAAAGGUGUUCUUGAACUAGACGAUACUCAGAUUCCUACAGGAAAAACUAUUGCAAAUGGAUUGGAAUGUAUUGUGCGAUUUGGCGGUGUGGAUCACUUUUAUUUGAAAUCCCAUUCUACCAAAACAAAAUCCGAUCAUGGGUUGGAUUCAAAAUUGAAAUAUUGCGACCUAGGUCCGCCUGUAAUGCGGCUAGCCUCUCAUGCAUCUGGAAUCGCGUUGGAGAUGUAUACCGAUGCACUAGGCAUUCAAGUCUAUACCUCGAAUUGGUUAGAUGUAUCACUUUCUGCAAAAAAAUCCAGCCAGCCAAGCAAUGCUCAGUAUGGACGAUUUUCUGCUGUAUGUUUUGAGCCUUCUGCACCACCCAAUUCCAUCAACAAUCCAGCCUAUCGCCAUUUGGUUGUCAUGGAUAAACAUAAUCCCUGGACACAAACAAGUAUAUACCGUGUUAUGUUGAUAUAA